AUUUUAGAAUCGGGCAUCUACUUAACGUAUUGUUUUGUCUAGUUUUGACAAAGUGUCAGAGCAUGUACCUACCUUAAGAAUGGUUGUUAAUAUAGAGAAUUAUAAAUUAAUCAAGAUCUUCUUUUAUGCCUUUUCCAGUAAUGGCUCAGAGGUUUAAAGUUCAGAGGUUUAAAGUUUAUAAAACAGACUUGACCAAUAAAACAGCUGUGCCUCACAGCUUUAAGUAUUUGAUAAUAUCGAGUACCUGUUUCGUUUACGCAAAGUUGAGAGAUUUUUGCGUGUUUUUAUAUAUGUAUUAGAUUACUAACACUGGUGGGAAUAAUUUAAAGCAUAUGAAAAUGAAUAACAGAUAGUCAUCAGAUUAACAUUGAAAUAAUGUUAAGACAAGGACAUGUCAAACAAAAAUAAAAGUAAGCAUAAAGAAGCUAUAUUUUUCUUCUUCUUCUUCUUAUAAUUAAAGUGAAUGGUGCGGAAAAGAACCCACCAAGCUCCAAUAAUUUAACGUGUACUUUAUUCUAGAUAUGGAAAUCCAAUUAUUCCUCAUCUUUUGCUUGAAAUCUAGAAAGUUACACAUUCACCUCAUCUAGUACAUAUUCGAGGUCUAUAUACAUACAUAUAUGUACAAACAGUAUGUGGCCUGAGCGAGUCUAAUAAUAAUAGAGAAAUACUCAGAAAUAACAACAGCCUUUGUAAAAACUAUAGAGAAAUAGCAUCAUGCAUGAGAGAUAACUAACAUUUGAAAAUAAAAUAUUUAACUCUGCCUAGCCAGUUUGGGCAUAUCUACAUGAAACAUUAAAAUAAAGUCGGAAAAUUUUAUAAGAAAGACGCAUAGAAUUUCUAAAUUAUUAAACACAAAUUUUUAAUUAUUUUUUUACUAAAUUAUUUAUAACCUCUAAAAUCUCAAGACCAAUAAUAUCUAUCCACCAUUUGAUAGCCAAAAGGCUUAUUAGUCACGUAUAGCUAGGCUCACCUUGAAACAUGCAUGUAGAGAAUUUGAUGUAAACCAAACCUCACAUUCUUUUGAUACGAACAAUAGUAGCCUACAAGAAUCAAUCAAAGGCCAUUGAACGUUCUAAUCGUUUUCAACAUGCAAAGCAAACUCGCUUUUACUUCAUUCAAAGCGAUUCAGUGACCGCACAAAUUUAUCAAUAUUUUUUUUCUCGGUUUGAAUAAUCAACGGUCAAAACAAAGCACAUAUGGAGAAGACUGUGCCACGUGGACGUUGUUACACCAUGUUCCAUGCAAAUAUCACUCCUUUCCCUCGCUUCAAUUUCGUAAUUCAAUCUAAUUUUUCAACAAUUUUUUUUCUUUUGUUUCAAAGGAAGAUCUCUGAAACAUUCAUGGGGAAACACACUAAUCCGAAUCCAGAUGAAGCUGGAGCGACGAUGGAUCCGGCGUGGGAAUGCGAGGGAAAAGGAGCGUGUGAAUUGAGGCAGAGGCGAUUUGCUGAUACCAUCAUGCCUCAUAUCCUCAACUUGUAUGGGUCUUGCGCAAAAGCCAAAGAUUUUGACAUGUAUGCACCAAAUGCUUCGUUUGAGGACCCUUUAACUCAUGCUCAAGGGGUAAAGCAAAUCAAAUCUGCAUUUUAUUCACUCUCCAAGGUAUUUGGUGAGUCAAAAAUAGUUGAAUAUCAUAUUCAGGAAAGUGUUAUCGCACCGGGGAAGAAAGAGAUACUAAUUGACAACAAACAACACUACAAGCUCCUGGGAAAGAACAUUCAGAUGAUCUCUCUUAUUAAACUCUAUGUCGAGAACGACAAGAUUGUCCGACACGAAGACUGGUGGGACAAGAAACCUCUAAGGAACAGAGACACUGUUAGCUUCCCGUUAGUAGGGCGGGUAAUGGAGAUGGGUCGAAGAGGCUUGAUGCUAGCUACUCAUGCCAUGAUGGGUUUUGGUAAAGAUCCUAGCUCGCAUUGAGUUAAAAGGAGAUUCUUCAGGAAAAAAAAAAGAUCACAGUAUACUGUAGUGUCUAAAAUUCUUCAAAACACUCACUGAGUUUGAUGAACUCCUUAAAUGUUUGUAAGAUGUUAAACGUAUUGUUGGGUUUUAGUCUCUUUUCUUACUUCUCGUAGUUCCUUGUGCCACAAGUUCUAAAGAAUGCGUCUAAAUAGAUGUUUUUUUUCA